UAUUGAAUACAGAAAAUAUAUAAAUUUACAUUUUAUGAGACCUUAAAUAUUCAUAUAGUACAUAUGUAGUGUACCAUAUAUUCAAAAAAUUAAUGAUUGUUAAUUAUUUAAAUUCACAUUUUUUUCUCAUGUUUUUUCAAUUUGAAUUUUUACGCGCGCUGACAAGAAGUGCUAUCUAGCGAUGGAGCGUGGAACUAUUGAAAAAUUUUCGAUUUUUCAAAAAAUAAAACAUUCUCUGAUGUUCACAAAUUAUUCUUCAUUAGAAGUAAUGUCUUUAGAGAGUAAAAAUAUGAAUUUUAUAAUAUUUAUAAUAAAUAUUACGGAAUAAACCACUUGGUUUUAAAAGUAUGUACUUCUUGCAUGCUGAGGUAGCAACCGGAACAGUAACAAUUUGAAAAUGAACGCGGUCUAAACUAAGCAAGCGGGAUUUGUUUAUUGAUGUGUUAAAAUACAUUCCAUGGAACUUUUAUAACAUACAAAGCAGAAUAGAAACAGAACUUUCUAUAAUAAUUAAGUCGUUACUUUAAAAUGAGUAGUUCCACCUUUGUUCUUGACAAUGGUGCUUACACCGCAAAAGUUGGGUUAGCUUCCGAUAGCCCUAAACUAGUCCCUAAUUGUAUAAUGAAAGCGAAAAGUGAACGACGCAGGCCGUUCGUGGGGAACCAAAUUGAAGAGUGUCGAGACGCAUCGGGGCUGUUUUAUAUUUUACCGUUUCAAAAGGGAUAUCUUGUCAAUUGGGACGUUCAGAAAACUGUUUGGGAUUAUAUAUUCUCAAAAGAAUGUUGCCCGGUGAAUUUAAAUCAACUUUCUGUGGUUGUGACUGAACCCUUGUUUAAUUUUCCAACAGUUCAAGAAGCUAUGACGGAAAUAUUUUUUGAGGAAUAUGAAUGUCAAAGUCUUUUAAGGAUCAAUGCUUCUACUCUGUCUUGCUAUCAGUAUAAAACAGAAAAUCCUAACACAAAAUGUUGUAUAGUAGUUGAUAGUGGUUAUAGCUUUACCCACAUAGUGCCUUAUAUAAAUGAUACUAAAGUUAAAGAAGGUAUCAGACGCAUUGAUGUGGGUGGAAAGCUACUUACGAACCAUCUUAAAGAAAUAAUAUCCUAUAGACAACUUCAUGUUAUGGAUGAAACUUAUGUAAUAAAUCAAGCAAAGGAGGAUUCGUGUUUUGUAUCUCAAGAAUUUUUCAAAGACAUGGAAGUUGCCAAAAGUAAACUAGAAAACAAUCCCAUAACUAAAGAUUACGUUCUACCAGAUUACACGACAUUAAGACGUGGUUAUCUUAAAAAUCCAGAACCUCCAAACGAGCAACAAACUUUACGUUUAAGUAAUGAAAGAUUUGCUAUACCCGAAAUUUUAUUUUUUCCAUCAGAUGUUGGUAUCCGACAAAUGGGUAUUCCAGAAGCUAUCAUGGACUGUUUGAAAGCAUGUGACGAAGAGACAUGGCCACAUCUUUUAUGUAAUAUUAUUCUUACUGGGGGUAAUGCGAAGUUUCCUGGAUUUCAGGAAAGAAUUUAUAAGGAAGUUAGAAGUUUAGCACCCGCAGAAUACGCGAUAAACGUUUAUUUACCUGAAAACCCGAUCACGUAUGCAUGGCAUGGUGGUAAAACGUUAUCGAAAGAUCCAAUAUUUUCGAGUCUUUUAGUAACUAGAGAGGAUUACGAAGAAGAGGGUCAAAAUCUGUGCUUCGAACGUUUCGACGUUUAGUUUCAUAAAAAUUUGUUUUUAUUACACAAAAUCAUAUUGCACGUAAAUAAAUUUUUGUUUCUCAGAUAAACUUAAUAAAUACAAAAGGUAAUGAUCAGAAAUGUUACUUAUAAAUUACAAUUGAAAACUGUAUAAAGGCCGCGAAUGGAAUGCAUAUACUGAUAAAAUAAUCGCAAAGAAGCAGAA